AUGGAGAAAGUGAAGAUUGAAGAAAUUCAGUCCACCGCUAAGAAACAGCGGAUUGCUACUCACACACAUAUCAAAGGUCUUGGUCUCGAGCCGACCGGGAUUCCUAUACCAUUAGCGGCUGGAUUUGUGGGUCAACUUGAGGCUAGAGAGGCAGCUGGUCUUGUAGUUGACAUGAUUAAGCAGAAGAAAAUGGCUGGCAAGGCUCUUUUGCUUGCUGGACCUCCUGGAACUGGGAAAACAGCAUUGGCUCUUGGAAUAUCCCAAGAGCUGGGAACUAAGGUUCCCUUCUGUCCAAUGGUUGGAUCUGAGGUUUACUCAUCAGAAGUUAAGAAAACAGAGGUUCUCAUGGAGAAUUUUAGACGUGCCAUUGGACUACGUAUCAAGGAAACCAAAGAAGUCUAUGAAGGGGAGGUUACAGAGCUGUCUCCAGAAGAAACUGAAAGUCUUACUGGAGGUUAUGGUAAAAGCAUCAGUCAUGUUAUAAUUGGACUCAAGUCAGUCAGAGGAACCAAACAACUGAAGUUGGAUCCCACUAUAUAUGAUGCCUUGAUUAAGGAAAAGGUAGCUGUAGGAGAUGUGAUAUACAUUGAAUCAAACAGUGGAGCUGUCAAGAGGGUAGGUAGAAGUGAUGCUUUUGCUACUGAAUUCGAUCUGGAAGCUGAAGAAUAUGUUCCACUUCCAAAAGGAGAGGUUCACAAAAGGAAAGAGAUAGUGCAGGAUGUCACGCUCCAAGAUCUGGAUGCAGCAAAUGCUCGACCUCAAGGUGGGCAGGAUAUACUUUCUUUGAUGGGCCAAAUGAUGAAACCCCGGAAGACUGAGAUCACUGAUAAGCUGCGCCAAGAAAUUAACAAGGUCGUGAACCGCUAUAUAGAUGAAGGUGUUGCCGAGCUUGUUCCUGGAGUUCUAUUUAUCGAUGAGGUUCAUAUGCUCGAUAUGGAGUGUUUUUCAUACCUAAACCGUGCCCUUGAGAGCUCAUUAUCUCCAAUAGUGAUAUUUGCAACAAAUAGAGGUGUUUGCAAUGUGAGAGGGACUGAUAUGCCCAGUCCCCAUGGAGUCCCUAUUGACUUGUUGGAUCGGUUAGUCAUUAUCCGGACCCAAAUCUACAAUCCCUCUGAAAUGAUACAGAUUAUAGCCAUUCGUGCGCAAGUGGAAGAGCUAACCGUUGAUGAAGAAUGCUUGGUCCUACUUGGGGACAUUGGGCAAAGAACAUCCCUAAGGCACGCGGUUCAGCUAUUGUCUCCUGCCAGCAUCGUGGCGAAAAUGAAUGGACGUGACAAUAUUUGCAAGGCUGAUUUAGAGGAGGUAACAUCACUCUACCUGGAUGCCAAAUCUUCAGCGAAGCUUUUGCAUGAGCAACAAGAAAAAUACAUCUCAUGA